UUCUCGAUUACCUCUCCCCGUCGCUCCGCACGCUUGACUCUUGUCUGCAAGCACUGGCGCUCCGUCGCACGUUCCGCUGCAUGUCUCUGGAGCGGCGUCUUGUGCGGAGGCCGGGAGCACACUUCGCCUUCACGGUAUCUGCAUCUAUCGCGCAGCUUUCCGCUUCGGGUGAUGGUCCACGACCACGUAGAAGAGGCCUCAGUGCUCUUCGCGGGAAACCCGAGUCGGAUCCAACACCUACUUAUGACCGACAAUAUCGCGGAUACCACCUCUUGGACUCGGCGAUGGGAUCCUCGGCAGCUCCUCUCCAUGGUGGCCUCGGAGCUUAUCUCCUGCACUCUCAACUUUUACAGCUGGCCUAGAACAGCUUCUCUCGAUAUGGGUCAGCACCUGUUCUCUGGACAAGGACAACGCCUCCGGCGGCUCUCCAUCUACAACUCCAGGAUGACCCCGACCGACCACCUUCCAAACCUCACCCAUCUCCUACUAGACAGAAUCAUCGACCCCGAUCGUGGCCAGAUCCUCGGGCUCCUUCAGCGCUGUCCGCUCCUCGAAGAAGUCCUCAUCCACUCGACGAGGGACAUGAUCGAAGGCCACAGCCCGAGAACCAACGUCUCCCUCCCCCAUCUCCGCCGCCUCUCGCUGGACGUGCAGAGCCCCACGGCGAUCCUCGCACGGCUCGAGCCGUCCCCGCGCGCCCUCAUCCACAUCGGGCACUUCUCCCACCCCUCCCUCGCCGACAUCCCCACCCUCCCGCUCUGCCACGACCCCGCGCUCCCGCAGCGCACGAAGCUCCGCAUCUCCGAGCCGGCCACGAGCCCGCUCACGCGCAGCCUCAUCGCGCUGUACGACAUCGAGCUCGCCGCG